AUGACUCGACCAAACGCCGACUCUUCAGCAAAGGUUUCACCGAUACCCGUUGACCUCGGUUCCGCCCCUGCAACGUCGUCGGACGAAGGCGAUUGGUCCGACUGGUCUCCAUCGGAGCAUUCGACCGAAGGCGAUGACCUCCACGACGAGGCCUCAUUCGAUCUCGUCCAAAGUCAUGAGUGGUCUGAAGGGAUCGACCAUCGACCAGCGUUCUUGACCAAGACUCACAUCAACCGUCAAGUCGGUGGUCAUCGUUCCGAGCGCUCCCGAACUCCUAGCCACGAUGGAAGUAGCGUCGCCGCGAGCGCGAGCGGGGACGAGCGAAUGAGGCUGAGCUUCCCUGAUCCUCUGCACGCGAGCAGUGAGGCAUCCAUCGCCUUUGAUGCACCCUCUGAAGGGUCAAGCGCUUCGCUCGUGGGCCAAGACUCGGAUGGCGAUGCUGAGGACGAACACGGCGUGCCGGGCACGACGAGUCGUCCAAACUCUGAGGUCGAAUACUCGUUCUUGCUGGACGCCAAGGAGGACAUGCCGUUUGACACCAAAUCGGAGCCCAUCAAGGUCGACUCGGCUCCUCCCGUCUCCGAUGUACCCCAACAAGUCGACGGUCCCGUCGCGGCCGAUGCCAGUUCGCCCAGCAGCUCUUCAGGCCCGCCGAGCGGAUGUGCCAUCGCACAAUGGGUCCAAUCUACGGUGCAAGCAUCUCAAUCGUCUUCCCCGACCCCACUCGAUCAAGAUGAAAAAUUUAACUUCGAUCAUCUGGACUCCUCAAGGCCUCGUACCCCUUCAGAGGUUCACACGUUGCCAGCCACAACAGCCUCUGUCGACGGCGAUACGCCCAGGAACGUGAAAGACGAGACCAAGCUCGUAGAUGUCGACGGCGCGAAUUCUAAACACGAAAUCAUGUUCAGUACGAGCCAAGAGCGUCCCCUGUCCAACGAAUCACCUUCGGACUCCCAAGCGUCGCUCCGCUCCGUCGACUCGAACAUGACCAUCCUCGCGAGCUCGCCUUCGAAUCGAACGAAGUCACCGGCAGUUCUCGGCUCUCCGAUCGGGUUCGUCUUCUAGAUUGCAUCGUAUAAUGAGGAUGGAGCUGACCAGGACUACUUGAAUUUAGCUUGCGCAAGCGCUCGACGCAACAGGCAAGCUUGCCCAGCUCAAGCAAGGAACCCUCAACCAGCACAACAUCCGCUGUGCCAACCUCUUCGAGCCUUACGACCGCGGCAGCGAGCCAAGCGAAUGCUCAGGAAUCUCAGGCGACUAAUACGAACCCGUCUGAAGCCCCAUCGCCCGAGGACUGCGCCGAGAUUGAAUAUUUUGACCUUUCGAAGAAAAGGGUUUGCCGUGACACAAGCACCCAAUUCUGGAUUCGCAGUACCUCCGCUCUAGUUGUUUUAAGCGUCAUCAUAGUCGGACUUGGCUGCGGCUUCUUGCCUGCCCGUCAUGGCAAUCUCGCGAUGAUGGAUCAAGGAGUGGUCUCAAACUCAAGCUCGCAGUCUAGGCCGAUUAGUGGGAGUUCGUCUCACCCAGCUUCCGGGCACGGAGAAGCUGGCUCAAAGCUCGAACCGGCUCUCGCUGUAACCCCGACUAUUCUCGAUCAAGUGGACGUCGCCUCUACCCCCAUCGCACCGGUUCAACGUGCCGCUGAUGUUGAUCCGGUGGCUACGAUGAAGGCACCGGUGGCGCGUCGUCCAAGUUCUCGACAAUCACACGCUUCCGCGUAUAGGAUGGUGCGGCCUUUCAAAGGCCAAGUGGAAGAAGUCAUACCUCGAUCUGAGAGCGUUCGCGACGAACGAUGCCAUUGUCAGUGUUCCAAGGAUUAUGGAGAAUCGACCACGGGCGAGCAAGAUGAUUUCUGGUCUCAGCCCUCGGACUCGAAUCCCCUCGCCGCUUUCAAAGCCCUCGUCGAUGCUGCGCAAGCCCAAGCUUCCACGCUCGCCAAAUACGCCUCGGAGACAGCGUUACGCGAGAGCAAGAAGCGCAUCAAAAAGUUGGGUCAGGACGCGGAUCGUCAAGCCAAAAAAUUGGCGCGCGACUUUGACCACAUGGCUCGUCGAGCGGCGCACUUGAACGGGCAUGCUCGACGACAAUCGGUCAAGAUGGGUAAAUCACUUCACCACCUUUUCCAUCGAACGGGGGAGCGUAGUCACUUAAGGAACGCCGAUUACGCGCGCAUCAAGAAGCACAUGGUCAAGCUCGAGCACAGGAUGAAGCAAGCGAUCAAACUCUUGCCUGAUCGUUCGGAACAAAUUCGUCGCGAGGGCAAGAAGGCGGCCGAGGUGGUGACGCGACGCGUGCUGGAGGCGAAGUGGAUGGUCGAGAGUUGGCGUAAUGGCGAGAUUGACUUGUUGCGCGUUCGUGAGGAUGGGUUCAAGGUCAAGCAGUGCGAUGCCCAUGGGGUCAAGGAUGAGAAAGAGUGCAAGGCUCGACGGAAGAUGGCCAAGGAGCGUGGAGGCAAGGGCAAGGCGCCGGGACGGAAGAGACGUGGGCUGUGGAGGUGA